UCUGUCUAGUUGCAAUAAAGUUAAAAACCUCCACUUUAUCUCCUUGCAGCAUUUCUCAUCUGGUACACAUUUAGAGAGAACUCAGAAAAAGAGAUAAAAGAAAGAUCACUUCUCUGUUUCUCUCAAAACCCAUAGGAGCAAAAAUUAUGAUGAAAACAAGAGCAUUCAGCUUCCUCCAAACCAUUACAACCUACACAUCUAGUCUAAUUCAUAAUGACAAUCCAAAUAUCAGGUCAACUUUCUAUCUGUCAAUACCCAUUUUAGUUUUCUCAAUCCUUCUUAGCAUCAGAUGGAUACUCAAUAAGAAGAACCCAAACCAACAGUUACCACCGGGUCCUCGUGGCGUACCGUUACUCGGCAGCUUACCCUUUUUAGAUCCUGAGCUACAUACUUAUUUUGCUGAUUUAGUUCAGAAAUUUGGUCCAAUUUAUAAGCUUCAACUUGGUAAUAAACUGGGUAUUGUAAUUAGUUCACCAUCUCUAGCUAAAGAAGUAUUGAAGGAUCACGACACGAUAUUUGCCAAUCGUGAUGUUCCUGUGGCUGGUAGAGCUGUUACUUAUGGUGGUCAAGAUAUUGUAUGGACACCUUAUGGACCGGAAUGGAGAAUGUUGAGAAAAGUUUGUGUUCGAGAAAUGCUUAGUAAUCAUUCCAUGGAUGCAGUUCAUUCACUUCGUCAUAAAGAGGUAAGAAGAUUGGUGCAACAUAUUCAUAGCAAGAUUGGGUCUCCAGUUGAUGUUGGUGAACAAAUGUUUUUGACUAUACUUAACGUGAUUACGAGCAUGAUGUGGGGAGGUACAUUAAAGGGUGAUGGUCGAACUAAAAUAGGUGCAGAUUUUAGACAAGUUGUUUCUGAGAUGACUGUACUUCUGGGUGCACCUAAUGUUUCAGACUUUUUUCCAAGUUUGGCUCGGUUUGAUGUACAAGGAAUUGAAAAGAAGAUACAUGUACAGUUUUUAAGGUUUGAUAAAAUAUUUGAUUCGUUGAUAGAGCAGCGCCUAAAAACUGAAGAAGGUGAAGAAGAGAGUAGCAAAGAUUUUCUGCAACUUCUGUUGAAGUUGAAGGAUGACGAAGAUUCCAAAGUGCCAUUCACAAUGAAUCACCUCAAGUCCCUACUAAUGGAUAUGGUUGUGGGUGGAACGGAAACAACGUCAAACACAGUUGAGUGGGGAAUAGCCGAGCUGAUGAAUAAACCAGAAACAAUGAGAAAAGCACAAGAGGAAUUGGAUAGAGUUGUAGGCAAAGAUAAGAGUGUAGAAGAAUCACACCUGCCUCAACUUCACUACUUGCAGUCUGUAAUGAAAGAGGUGUUGCGCUUACAUCCAGCGCUCCCACUCUUGGUCCCUCAUUGUCCGAGCUCAUCUUGCACUGUGGGCGGUUAUUUCAUCCCGAAAGGGUCAAGAGUUUUCGUUAACGUGUGGGCGAUACAUAGAGAUCCUACAAUUUGGGUAAACCCAACAGAGUUCAACCCAGAUAGAUUUCUCAAUGGUGAAUGUGAUUUCAGUGGUAACGACUUCAAGUAUUUCCCGUUCGGAUCAGGCCGAAGGAUAUGUGCAGGAAUAACUAUGGCCGAGAGAAUGGUUAUGUUUGAACUAGCAACCCUUGUGCAUUUGUUUGAAUGGAAUAUGCCCAGCUCUGGUAAGUUGAAUCUCGACGAAAAGUUUGGAAUUGUACUGAAGAAAGCAGAACCACUGGUAGCUGUCCCUACUCCGCGUCUAUCAGACCCGUCUCUCUAUGCUUAGGAAAUCGUUUCUCAUUUGUUUGGUGGUUGUAAUUAAUUUGAUGCAAUUUGUUUCCUUCUCAUUUACUAAAGUUUGUCUGUAACUACACCGCCUUUGCGCAAUUUGUGGCUGAUUGUCUGAUUGGCGUUCCGGGUUUCAUGACAUUGCAUCAUGUGGGUAAUCCUUCUUGAUUACCACCACCACCAAGGUCUAUACAGACGGUGGCUCGUCCGGCCUCCCGGCUGUGAACUUUCAAAUUGGUCUCUGACUGGCAAUUCUUCCCGAGCUGCUGGUCUCAAAUUGUAAUACCAUACUGACCGAAUUUAGGCCUUUUCCACUGUGAAUUAAGUCAGAUUACGGGUU